AUGCUUGCUUUAAAGCAGUCACACCAGGAUGAACUGGCCUCACGAGAUUCCAAGAUUUCCGUGCUUAAAUUGCAGUUGGAAUCCGCAUUGAAUCACAAUUCCAAGUAAGGAAAAUAUUUAAAUUGAAAGUAAUAAACUAAAAGUCUUAAUAAAACUAACUCUAUUUGUACUCGAUAGCUUUAUUCCAAACUAAUAUCAUUUUAAUUUAUUUUUAUACUAAAUUAAAAUGAAUCAAAUUAGUGUAGAAUAGAGGUAUCGUAGUUCGAAACAGUUUUUCCUCGAAUCCACCAAUGCAUGGCCAUCCUUGAUUAAUGGUAUAACAACAUCAAACAAACAGGUGCCAAAAGAGGCGAAGCACAAACGAGACCAUGUCCCAUGCAGGGCGCAGGAAUUGAACCCAGUCGAAAUGGUGAAAGGCACUGCAAUGCAUGCACUAAGUUCUCUAUUGUUUCAGGGAAAGACAACGCCAGUUGGAUGAACUCACAAAAGAACUUACAAGAAUGACAGAUGAAACGGAGUUACUAAAAGCUAAACUUCGCGCUUUGACUAAACAGGUGAUACGAUUGGCGGUGGCUCGAUUCAUAUUAGUGAUUGUCCGUCCAUCUUACAGAUCAUCAUCCAUCUGACAGAUUAUUAUCUGUCUGACAGAUCAUCCAUCGUACAGAUCAUCAUCCAUCUGACAGACCAUCAUCCAUCUGACAGACCAUCAUCCAUCUGCAUCAUCCUUCUGACAGAUCAUCAUCCAUCUGACAUAUCAUCAUCCAUCUGACAUAUCAUCAUCCAUCUGACAGACCAUCAUCCAUCUGACAGACCAUCAUCCAUCUGACAGAUCAUCAUCCAUCUGACAGAUCAUCAUCCAUCUGACAGACCAUCAUCCAUCUGACAGACCAUCAUCCAUCUGACAGACCAUCAUCCAUCUGACAGAUCAUCAUCCAUCUGACAGAUCAUCAUCCAUCUGACAGAUCAUCAUCCAUCUGACAGACCAUCAUCCAUCUGACAGACCAUCAUCCAUCUGACAGAUCAUCAUCCAUCUGACAGACCAUCAUCCAUCUGACAGACCAUCAUCCAUCUGACAGAUCAUCAUCCAUCUGACAGAUCAUCAUCCAUCUGACAGAUCAUCAUCCAUCUGACAGAUCAUCAUCCAUCUGACAGAUCAUCAUCCAUAUGACAGAUCAUCAUCCAUCUGACAGAUCAUCAUCCAUCUGACAGAUCAUCAUCCAUCUGACAUAUGUCAGAUCAUCAUCCAUCAAUGCAACAACGUACAUAAUUACAAUAACCUUGUUAGCCUAUAUCAUUAUAAUGUCACGCUUCUAAUAUUAUCAUUUCUUUUUCAGAGACAACCCGAGCAAUGCCGCAACUGCUUAGCACUUGAAGAAACCUUACAAACAAAGUUGAAAGAAUUGCGAAGCAAAGAUGAGUCUAUUGCGCAGUUACUUCAACAUGGUCAGAAAAUGGCGAAACAAUUAUCAAAACAGGUAAUAAAAUCU